AUGCUGCGGUAGCCGGAAGUAUACAGAGACCCGGAAGUGGAACCGCCGGGGGAAGCAGGCCGGAUGCCUGGACCGGACCGGGAGGCGAGGGUGGCGCGGGCACGACACCUGGAUGAGCCAAGAGGCCGGAGAACAUCCAGUUAGAUGUUUUGUUCUAGCCUUUCCCAGGCUGCAAAGAAGAAGGCUCAGUUUGCCACAUCCAUGCCUGCCCAGAGAUCACCGAGUGAAGCAUGUGGAGACUCCAGCAGUGUCAGCCAGAGAAAUGAUGUUGAAUUAACCGAACUGCUGGAGGAGAAGACUGAGUCCCAGGCUGGGGGAGAUUCAGCAACAGGCAUGGAAUUCCAGACAGACUGUACAACACAACAUGAGGAGGAAGAGGAAGUGCGAGUCCUUACCCUGCCUCUGCAGGCCCACCAUGCAAUGGAAAAGAUGGAGGAGUUUGUGUACAAGGUUUGGGAAGGUCGUUGGCGAGUGAUCCCUUAUGACGUGCUCCCAGAUUGGUUGAAGGACAAUGAUUAUUUGUUGUAUGGUCACAGGCCACCUAUGCCAUCCUUCCGAGCCUGUUUCAAGAGUAUCUUUAGGAUCCACACAGAGACGGGGAACAUCUGGACACAUCUGCUGGGUUUUGUCUUCUUCCUGUGCUUGGGAAUCCUGACUUUGCUGAGACCGAACAUGUACUUCAUGGCCCCUCUGCAGGAGAAGGUGGUGUUCGGCAUGUUCUUUCUGGGAGCUGUUCUCUGCCUCAGCUUCUCCUGGCUCUUCCACACGGUCUACUGUCACUCUGAGAAAGUCUCCAGAACCUUCUCCAAACUGGACUAUUCUGGAAUCGCCUUGCUUAUCAUGGGCAGCUUCGUACCCUGGUUAUACUAUUCCUUCUACUGCUCCCCCCAGCCCCGGCUCAUCUACCUGGGCAUCGUUUGUGCUCUGGGAAUAUCAGCCAUCAUUGUUGCUCAGUGGGAUCGAUUUGCAACUCCCAAACAUCGACUAACAAGAGCAGGUGUGUUUCUUGGUCUUGGCCUGAGUGGUAUUGUCCCCACUCUACAUUUCACCAUCGCUGAAGGUUUUGUAAAAGCGACGACUGUUGGACAGAUGGGCUGGUUUUUCCUGAUGGCUGCGAUGUACAUCACUGGGGCUGGUUUAUACGCUGCUCGCAUUCCAGAACGAUUUUUCCCCGGCAAAUGUGAUAUCUGGUUCCAGUCACACCAGCUAUUUCAUGUCCUGGUAGUAGUUGCAGCCUUUGUUCACUUCCAUGGCGUUUCCAACCUACAGGAGUUUCGAUAUGGGCUGGAGGGAGGUUGCACAGAUGAUUCAUUGCUCUGAGACGUGGGACUACUGUAGAGAAUUCUCUACCAACGAGGCCUAAAGUGCAUUGAAAGUCUUUUCAUUUUCUUUUAUUUUUCAAAACAAAUUAAUGUGCCCUUCUUGCCCUCCCUCACCUCAGAAACAAAGUGGACAGCCUUUUUUAUCAGUGAACACUUGAAGUGGGUGAGGGUUGGGGAGUGAGGGAGUUGCUGAGAGAGAGAGGCUGAGCAAAUGUUAGCAUGAUUUCCCCCCCACCGCCUCUCCCCAGUCACAGUAAUUUUUGUCUGAGAGCCCCCAAAGAGGUAGUAACACUGGGGACAUUGGGAGCUCCUGUUAGCCAGCUCUUCCACACACACAAUAAAAUCAGCCUCGUAACACCGUGACCAGUUCGUACUCCGACUAAUGGGAAGCCCCUGCCCUGUCUGAGGCUGGAGUAAUCCUUGGCAGUGUUCUGGUAAACACUGGCUUACUGAGCACUUUCAGAUUAUGUUAUGUCACUCAUUCUGCUCAGCUCUUCUCCCUCAGUCGCCAAAAUUUGUUAGUGAGGACUGUGACUGUAAGUGUGGGAGGGCGUGGAGAUAUUAAACCUAACAGUAUGGUAGCUCUGAUGUGCGGGCACUUUAUAUUUAGUCAUGUACUUGCAACACAGUAUUUAUUUUAAGGGGUUUUCUGAUUGCCUUUAUAGACAUGUACAUUUCUUCACGGGCAUUGUUAAGUUAAAUCUUGGGGGGAGAGGCUGUUCUGUUGUAUAUAGGCAGUGCUAGAAUAGAUGCACUGAUAUUGAUGAGUGAUCUGUAUCCUGCAAUAAAAAGGUUGGUCUA